UGGCUCCCCAGUGCCUCUCGGAUACUCUGGAUUAACGCACAGUGAUGUAUAAUCCACAGAAUGCCCAGCAGUAUCGGAAAAAGAUUUAAACCGACAAAAUACAUCCCCGUCUCUACUGCAGCCGCCUUAUUAGUGGGGUCAACUUCGCUCUUUUUCGUCUUCACGUGCCCGUGGUUGACCAGAGCCAUCUCCCCAGCCGUUCCACUCUACAAUGGGCUCGUAUUCCUGUUUGUGCUUGCAAACUUCAGUAUGGCCACAUUUAUGGACCCGGGAGUCUUCCCACGAGCUGACGAAGACGAGGACAAAGAUGACGACUUCCGAGCCCCACUCUAUAAGAACGUGGAGAUCAAAGGAAUCCAAGUUCGGAUGAAAUGGUGCGCCACCUGCCACUUUUACCGCCCUCCACGCUGCUCCCAUUGCAGCGUUUGUGACAACUGUGUUGAGGAUUUUGAUCACCACUGCCCUUGGGUUAAUAACUGUAUCGGACGACGCAACUACCGCUAUUUUUUCCUUUUCUUGCUGUCUUUAAGUGCCCACAUGGUUGGCGUGUUCACCUUCGGGCUUAUCUAUGUCUUACACCAUGCUGAAAAAGUGGGCGUGGCCCACACCGCCGUUACGAUGACAGUCAUGUGUAUCGCUGGGCUUUUCUUCAUCCCAGUGAUUGGUCUGACUGCCUUCCACAUUGUUUUGGUGGCACGAGGACGCACGACCAACGAGCAGGUGACGGGUAAGUUCCGUGGAGGAGUCAAUCCUUUUACGCAAGGGUGCUGUGGGAAUGUGGAACAUGUCCUCUGCAGCCCCCUGGGCCCUAGGUACAUUGUGGAUCCCAAGAAGAAGGAGAUGGUAAGCGUGAAGCCACCGUUCCUGAGGCCGGAUCUAAAGGAGCGACAGAUCACCGUCAAAAUCAGCGACAACGGUGUUCAAGCCAACCUUAUACACAGCAAGUCUAAAAUUAGCCUAGAAGGGCUGGAUGAAAAAACCAUGGAUAUACAGCCUCCGCUUCCACCCAAAGGAGAUUCCAGUAAAUACAGUGAACUGGGAAGCACUGAAGAGAGCAGCCUUUCUCCCAAACUGAUCAGCCCUCCCACGCCUGCCAUGUAUAAAUACCGCCCUGCUUUCAGCAACAACUCGAAAGUUCUCUAUCGCGGAACAUCUGAGCAGAUCUCCAUCCAGGAUGGUCUCAGGCAAAGCUCCCUGGCCGAUGACAACGACAGCAGCCUGGAUUAUCAAUCUGAGCCCAGCAUGGAGCUCCCCAACUAUCGGAAGAGUUCCCUUCACAAAACCUACCAGUCUUCUCCACUCCAAGCGGAUUCUUUCGCUGCCAACUCGAGAUCCCUCAGCCUGAAAACGGGGGUCCGGAGAGGCACCGACAAACUGCCCCUCCAUCCCAUGAAGUCCGAAGGGGCGACCUCAACCCCCUACAAGAGCGUCUUCGCCCCCAAUUCUCUCUCCAACAGGAACGGGAGCUUAUCCUACGACAGUUUGCUCAAUCCCAUUUCCCCUUCCGGGAAGCGGUGCAUCGCGCACGCCGCGGUGGGCUCCGUCGGAUACCACUCGCCCUAUUUGUCUGCCAAAAUGUGCCAUCUGCGGGGCAGGGAACUCCAGCGCCCGUCUCCCCAGGCCUUUAGCCCCGGGCAGAGUGGGCCAGCCCCGCAUCCACGGGACCCCUCUCCAGUCCGCUACGACAACCUGUCAAAAACCAUUAUGGCGUCCAUCCAAGAAAGGAAGGAGAUGGAGGAGAGAGAAAAGCUCCUUCAUUCUCACCCAGACUCCGUGUUUGCCGAUUCAGGGGUGUAUGACACCCCGAGUUCUUACAGCCUUCAGCAAGUCAGCCUGCUGUCGGACGACCCCCGUAGCUUAAUCCUGAGAUACGGCUCCAGAGACAAUCUGAUCCCGAGCAGCAGCUUUAGCACCCGGAACCCAGCCUUGCAGACGUCUGUUUCUUCCCUCUCCAGCGCCAUGACCCGAGUGUCAAGGACUUCCACACCUUCUCUCCAAGCAGACCUAGCCAAUAACAACAUCCAAGCCCAUCAGGCACUGCAGGGCAGGAUGAGUAACGGCUCCUACAAGUCGCCAAGCCACCAGGUUCCUUCAUCUCCAAGCGGGAUCCACAGAUCUCCUUCGUACGGGGCUCCCAAAUCGGUCUCCUUUCUUAACACGGUGGAUCUAACCGAAGCCCAAUCCGUAGGAACUGCGAGAGAGGACAUCCCGCUGAAGACCCCUCACAGUAAAAUCAAUGGACAGCCGAAGGGUCUUUCCAGAGCUGAGGGUCGAAUCGGCUCCACGCCUAGUGCCCAAGGUCCUCCCUUGAGUCCAGCGAGACACUCAAACGUUAAGAAAGUCUCUGGGGUGGGCGGAACAACCUAUGAGAUUUCAGUGUAAACAAAAAGAAGAAGACGAUGAGUAGGAGUA